AUGCCGUCUUCACAAGGACUAGAUGGCUCGCCGUCGCCAGAGUAUCUCGCGCAAUCUCUGGCUCCGACCAUCCGAGCUGUUAUGUGGGUUUCCAUAGCAAUACCUCUGGUCUUUGUUAUACUACGUUGUUACGUUCGCCUCGUCAUCCGGAAGGUGUUUGGCCUCGAUGACGCUCUGCUUGUGAUAUCUCUGAUCCUUCUCAUCGCCUUUGGGGCCGUCAUCGAGGCGGCGCUGGCCAAAGGGUUCGGGCGGCAUGUCCAAUGGGUGAUGCUCGAGGCGCCGCAAGACGCCAUCUCCGUUGCUCUGCUGGCCCAGGUGUCGCAGCCCCUCGUCAUCAUGUCGUGCGCCUUCGGCAAGACGUCCAUCGCGGUGACUCUGCUGCGCCUUGCGCCCCAGCACUGUGUGAAAGUCGUGCUGUGGGCCGUCACGGUCAUCAUGAAUGUCCUCCACAUCCUCGUGUCCAUCCUGCUCUAUUACCGCUGCAAGGACCCCCGCGUCCUCUGGGAUCCCAGCGUGGAAACGACCUGCUGGCCAACCGAGGUCUACUUGUACGUCAUGUACUUCAUCGGCGCCUACUCUGCCGUGACGGAUUUCAUCCUCGCCUCCAUUCCCUGGGCGGUACUCUGGAAGCUCAACAUGAGGAAGAGGGAGAAGUUUGGCAUCGCCUUUGCCAUGAGCCUCGGUAUUUUCGCCGGCGGAACCGCCAUCGUCAAGUGCACCAAGCUGGGCGCCAACAGCACCAGCACGGACCCGACCUACGACGUGGGCACGCUGCUUCUAUGGGCCGGGGCUGAGAACGGGCUCAUCAUCGUGGCCGCGUGCGUGCCCACCCUGCGCCCGAUCCUGCGCGCCUUCUGGCGCUCGACCGUCAAGAGCAGCGGCGGCGAGCCCUCGCACCCACUGGACGAUAUCUCGAACGCCAACGCCAACAACAACAAGAACAGAAAUAGCGGAUUCUUUGGUGGUGGUGGUGGUGGUGGGCGCAGGAGCAAGAGCGCUGGCGGUGGUGGCCCGGGGCAGUGGACGGUCAUGAUUGAGGCGGAGGACCAAAACUCGGAUAACAACAGCGAUCGGAGCAUCCUCAAGCAGCACCACCACGGGGCCGACCUCGCGGUAGUGGAGGGCGCGGACUCGUCUUCUGGCGCAUCGUCGGUUGCAGGCAGGGGCGUUAGGGAUGAUGCAGAGAGCGGGUGCGAAACGACAGGGGUUGAAUCGCCGUGGAGCGGCAGGAUACACAAGACGACUGAGGUGACCGGUACGCGCUGA